CCUUGAACGAGUUAUAUCUGUGUGAUAUCUCUAUUAACGAGCCAGUCGCAGGAAAGUUACCGAGUCGCUUUGAGAAGUCGCAAAACACGAGAACUCGUUUGAACUUCAACCGCCGAGUCUCGGCGCAUCUUCUCUCAUCGAACAUGACAAAUUACCCGAAGACCUCGCUCCCCCGAGACACUCCAGUGCAUUAAUCGCUCUCGCAUCAUCUCUCGCAUUAUUAAAAGAUUCACGAACGACGAUUUUUUUUUUCUUUUCGCGAGGUAUUUAUACCGCGCGACCUGACGCAAUUGCAUCGCUCGCGCGCGCAUCGCAACCAGACGCGGAAAAUUUCCUCUGCCACUUAUGAAGAGAUCGUGAAUGCGUAAUGCAAAAGUGCCAAUACACAUAUGAGCCGCGAUGGUGUUAACGAGAUGGACGGAUGCCUGCCGCUAUAAAAGUGGCGGCCGAAACGACCGGGGCCUGUCGCCUUAAAAUGUCGUGCGCCGCUGGACUCCGCGAUCGACUCCGCUGGCCGUUUCCACCCUCCCAAAUCAUGCUGUUACUUAUAUUGACGAUGCUGUCGUUCUCGACGACGCUGCUAUCAGUGAGUGCUGGUCCGAUACCUGACCUCGCGCAGGAAUACGAGAAUCUGCUGUCCGAGAGCUCGACGACGGACAACUCGACGGAUAAUUCGACGGAGAUCGCAGCCAACACCGACGUGUACGUGAUAAAAGCCGUGGUUUACGAGAUUGGGAUCCUUACAGACACGGACAAUACAACGGACGAGAGUACCGAGAGACACGAGAGAGUCGACAUAUCGUUGUACGACCCGCCAUUCCUGGACGACGAAUUCUCGUGAAACCGUGAACGACGCUCCGCCUCGAAGCGAGAACGAGGCAGACACGCUUGACAUUUGCGUCUGUAAAGUAAGAACGAAAAUGACAGAUAACACUGCUGAACACAAAGACUGCACAAGACGAGUGAUACUUUUCGUCCGCAUGUAGCAUAGUAAGUUAUUGAUAAUUGCGUAGAGUAGCACGUAGAGAUUCGAUCAACGGAGGAUCGAGACGCGAAUCAGCGCGAGGCAUGUACGAUAUGUAACGCAAUGUCUUUGUAAAAGGAUCUCCUUAUUAAACUGCGACGACACGACGAAACGAAAAAUACUUUGGGAUUUAGAACAAUGUUUUAUUAUUAUUUUAUCAUUUAAUUAUGAACAAUAUCUCGUGUACAACGCUAUAAACACAUUGCUGCUGCAAAACCUGCGAGGCAGAAGAAAGUCGCGGAACAAUCAGGUAACAUAAUUCGCAGAAUUGUCUCAGUUUCUCGGAGAAUGACAAAAUACAUAUCGAUAAGUAUGUAAAGGUAGCUCGGUCGAAGCGUGCGCAACACGUUUGUUUUCGUUUUUCUUUUCACCUCUUUUGCUUUCCCCCUGCAAUUUUAAACGCUAUUUUAUCUUCUGGAAGAUCUUCGUGAAAGACUUUAACAGUCGCUUAAACGUACGUAUGUACAAAUCUUUCCGCUUCCUUUCCGCUUCUAUUGAGAUGCAAGUAAGCGCGCAAGUUUGUCGAGAGCUCCCGGCUGCUAAUGCGAUAUCACGUAUAAAUUUCGACCGAAUAUUAUGACAAAAGGUAAUAAAAAUACACGAUUCUUCCCCUCUCUCUCUCUCUCUCUCUUUCUCUCUCUCACACUCUCUCUCGUCUUUCUUCUCCUGCUAUCGCAUCGUUGCACUAACGUACGCUCAGUUAGACAGUAGGCACUGCACCUAAGUACCUUUGCCUUAUCGAAAGAA